AUGUUUGGUUUAGGAGCUAUUCUGUAUACAUUUACCAUGCUUGGAAAUAGUGUGUGCAUACUGAAUGAGGAAAGAUUUCUAGACAAUCUGGGGAUAACCCGAAAAAGUGAGAAUGCAGUGGUGCGACAGUUAUCUGAACUUAUAAGAACAAUCAAAACUCUUAGCUUUAUCCCACUUAUUGUUAUAAAUAUUCUAUUCAUUAUAUAUUGGUUGAUAUUGGGAUAGAAGCUAAUUUCUGUGCAAGUGAAGAAGAGGCAUGUGUGUAAUCACAUGCAGCAAUGUCUAUUUGUGCGGGCAUAUUGUUUUCCUGGAAUUUUAAAUUAUAAAAGAAUUAGCAGCAUUGUGUAUAUAAUAACAUGAUAUAGAGAUAAAUCUAGAGUUUAUUUUGUUGGGUUUUUGGUUCUUGGUAGAUA